CUACUUUCGAUUUUUAGUUUCUUAGCUUCUUAGCUUCAAGGUUCUUAACUUCUUGAUAUUAACUUCCAGGGCUAUCACCGAUAAUAAUCCUCCAAGGCUAGACCCAAAGAAUCCCAGCCCCUAGUCGAACGGCGGAUCUUUGCUAAUUCCCAUUUCUCCACCCCCUUGGUCCUUGUUCCUUGGCUUGGCUUGGUCGAAUUGGUUCUCGCGCCUCCACUUUCCGCUGCGCUGCUCCAGUGCUCCUCUCUCGCCCUACUGUUAGCUUCGCUUCGCUUACCUGGUACCUAAGUUCCAGUGUUCCAGUGGCAGCCAGUAGCCAGUAGCAGUCAGUGGUAAGCCAGUGGUAAGAUUCGGACAAGCAAGUGAUUAGUUGGUUGUUUUUUGACAUCCCGAAUCCGUUUCAACUCUCCAUACAGUUUAUUCAACAUUAUCUAUCAACAAGCUUUCUAACAUCAUUAACCAAUUCCCACCGCAAAUCCGCUCGAGACCGCUGCCAACAACCCUUCAACUCCACUUGGUCCCAUAACGGUGUGGAAGCUAAAGUUUUUUUCUUUCUUUUUUUCAAUCUAUCUGCAUUGGGGAGUUGGUUUCGGCUCGCUUCGUUAUCAGUCGGAAGUCGAAAGUCAAAAGUCUACGUCAGCUUUCCAGCCCUCCCAACCGAUACCUGUCAGCAGUAAGCAAUCUAGGAAAAGCAGAAGCAAGAUUAAACCUUUUUUGCUGGAAGGGUAUUAGCCCUUUCCAUACGAUGCGAUGGCAACUUUCAACUCCAUGCCGGCGCUGCAGUCAGGCGCCAGCCCGGGAGACGCCAUGGGAUUAAACGCCGCCAUGUCCGGCUCCGGCCUAGGCAUCGAACCCUUCGAUCCUGAUCUUAACUUUGACGAAUCUAUGUUAGAAAACGUCAACGGCAACCUACCUCCACUACCCUUUACUCCCUCUUACGACUUCGAAACCUUCUCUACUACCUUCGAAGACCCCUUCAACUAUUCUAAACCCUACGAGUCCGCUGCGCCGCACCCUGAAGACUUCCACGAUGAAGGCUCAUCACCACAACAGCCGGACGAUAAGCUUCUUAGCUUCUCGGCAACAGCCGCGAAAGCCACCCCACUCGACGAUGCUUUAGGUGCAUAUUCCGAAGUUAAUAUGUCUGCCGAGUUAUAUGGCAUGUUCUUCGUAGCCGAGGAUGUCUUCGGCGGCGAAUCAACGGGGCGACCGCUAGAAUUAACAUGCUAUCGGCGGAACUUAUGGCAGUGCUCCGGACAAAUAACAAUGCCGCGACACUGCACUCAGGUGAUGAACGAGCAGGGUCGCGCGAUCCCUAUUAUAGAAUUCUUUGCCUCGAUAUCGGCCAAGGAGAGCAUCGAGGGCAAGUCUACUGAGAUCAUCUCUAUACCCUGGAAAAGCAGUAACCCGGCUUUAGGGGAAGGUCAGGAGACAAAGGUCGCCAGCGCCCCACCUAAGAUCGCGCUUGACCUAAGCGGCGGCCAGGAAGUUGACGGCCAUAGAGUCAGCAUACCAGUCUCAUGGAAGCGACUGCAGUUUAAGAGCGCGACGGCGAAUAACGGCCGCCGGAAAGGACUACAACAGCACUAUGUUGUGCAGAUCAGCCUACUCGGCAAGAUGAAGACAGGAGGCGAGUUUAUGAAGAUCGCCGAAAUCCAGAGCGGUCCGGUGAUCGUCCGCGGACGAAGCCCGCGAAAUUUUGAUAGCAGAAAGGACGUUCCCUUAACAGGCGAGAAGAAGACGCCUGCCAACGUAGAGCGAGCGCGGACUCACAGCGACGCAAGUUCGACAGCAAACCUCAAGACGGAGCGGUCAGACUCCGCGCAUAACUUACACCACUUCUCAUCACCAUCCCUAGGCACCACCCCAUCCGGCUCGUCCUGGGCAACGCCCUCAACACCCGCAUACGGUGGACAACAAAACGCACAAGCUCAUCCGGCGAAGAAAAUGGCUCUCUCACCCAAUAUAAACCGACCUCCCGUCCCGGCAUGGGGCAAGGAAUCAUCAAACCAUAAAACGCAGCAGGCGUUAAGUAGCCAUACGAAGAAUAACAAUAGCAACAACAACGGCAAUGGCUCGGCACCGUCCGUACCGAUAAACUUAUCUUUAUCGGAGGACGAGCGGAGCCCGAAUAAUCGGUCUAACACCGACUCGUUAACGAGCCCGAGGCUACACCGAACAUCCACGAGUCACGGGCCGGGUGGCAGCCCGAUAGAGGAGGAAGAGGAAUUAUAUGAGUACUUCCCGCUUAGUGUAGAUGAUUGGACACCGCUCGUAGACACCGUAUACCGCCCACAUAUCGUGCACCACAUCGCCGUACCACAAGAGAUCAAAGCGCAACAAAUCAGGAAUAAGUCCAAGCGAUACUUCUCUGCCGAAUGAGUACUGGGUACCUAGCU